GUGGCUGUUGUCGGUUCUGCCGGCCAUGGUGAGGGUUUACCUGUGUGGGAUCCGAGUCCUCUUCUAUCAGCUCUUCAACAGAUCCUUUACCUUACCAGGUACUCAAUAAUGAGCGAAGGCAUCAAAAUGGAUUGCUUACCAAAGGAACCAAUGGAUGGUAGAGGACCAGGAGGCUCAUUCUCUGGUCUCAAUCUUGUUGCGCACCCGCGGGCAAAAAGCAAAGUGUGGAGAUACUUUGGUUUUGAUACUGAUGCAGAUGGUUGCAUAUUGCACUGGAAAAGGAUAUACUGUCGUGUAUGUAUGAGCCAAAUUGCUUACUCUGGAAACACCUCCAAUCUGUCCUACCACCUAGAAAAGAACCACCCUGUGGAGUUCAGUGAGUUUGUGAAGAGCAAUACAGAUCAGAUGCACGAGACGUUCACGACAGCAUCCUCAAGGGUCAAUCUUGAGCCUUUGGGCCCACAUCUUCAGCAGUCCCAAGACACACACCCGAGGCAGAGCUCAGGCUAUGAGAACAGACGACACAAUGACCUGACACUAGCUGUGAUCAACUUCAUCUGUGAGGGGAUGUAUCCAGUGUCUGUUGUUGAAGAGCCAACCUUUAAGAACUUACUGAGAACUGCUGAUCCAAGAUAUUUGCCACCCAGCAAAACUGACCUUGCCAUUAAAAUGCUUCCACAGAUGUACAGUCACAUUCGUGAGGUUGUCCUAACUGAGCUAGCUGGGGUUGUGAAUUGUGGUGUUACCACAGACCUUUGGCAGAGCCCAACCCAGAGUAGAACUUACAUUUCACUUGCCAUGCAUUCUGUUAAUCACAGCAGCGCAACUGGCUUAACUAUGACCAACAGGUGCCUCAAAACCUUUGAGGUGCAGGAGGAAAACACAGCUGAAAACAUCACAAGAUCAAUUUAUGAAGCCUUUGCUGAAUGGGGGAUAACUCACAAAGUAAGUGGUGCCACCACUAAUGGUUCACUGGAUAUUGUGAAAGCAUGCUCACUCCUAGAACUGUCAGUGAAAAUGCCUUGCCUUGGACACACCAUCAAUCGAGGAAUGGAUGAAGCCUUCCAGCUGCCUCGAAUAGACAGCUUUCUAGGUUGUUGCCGCAAGCUUGUUGAUUUUUUCCAAGAAACAGCAAUGGCAUUAUAUUUGCUGAGAGAGAAGCAGAAGCAGCAUGACCUAUCCCAGUGUACACUCAUCAGGGACAGGAGGAGAUCUUGGCUGGCUACACUGGCAAUGCUUCAAAGGCUCAAAGAGCAACAGCUUGCUAUAACUGCAACUCUUGUGGAGAAUUCCAGCAACCAUCAUUUGAGCUUUGAUGGCAUUGACUGGGGCAUGGUGGAGGGCUUGAUCGAAGUCCUUCAGCCCUUUAAAGUUGUAGCGGACAUGAUGACAUCUUGCAGGUAUCCAACCAUUAGCAUGGUGAGGCCUGUGCUUCACAUGCUCUUGAACACUACUCUCAAGGCUAAAGAGGGGGACCUCAAAGAGAUCAGCAUGACCAAAGAGGUCAUCUCCAAGGUUCUGUCUAGCACCUAUUCACAAACACAGGAGAUUUCAACAUUUCUGAACGUUGCUACAUUUCUGGAUCCCCGUUACAAAAGACUGCCCUUCCUCUCCACUGAGGAACGCUCCCAAGUUGAGAACAGCAUCCUUGAGGAGGCAAAGGCAAUACUGGAGAAACAGAGCGCAGAGAGACCCUGCCCUGAUGAUUUCUCCCUGGCAUCUGAUGAGCCCCCUCGAAAAAAACAGACAUCCCUAACUGAACGCCGAGGAAGCAGUGCACACCAAGACAACCCUUUGGCUGCCAUAUUUUACCAGUCAGACUCAGAUUUGAGCCAGGAAGAGUUGCACGCUCAGGUGGUUGAAGAGCUGAGCAACUACAAGUCACAAAGAAUCCUAGGUUUGAACGAAGACCCUUUGCUUUGGUGGUCGAAUCGUGCUGCCUUGUUCCCCACGCUUCCCAAGGUGCUCCAGAAGUACUGGUGCGUUCCCGCUACAAGUGUUCCCUGUCACAGACUGUUUAGCUCCUCGGGCACCAUUCUCUGUGGCAAGAGGAACCGCAUAGAUCCAUCACUGGUGGAUCAACAGGUCUUCCUGUACGAAAACUCACGAAGCUAUUACGAUCCUGAGCCCAAUGAAGAUGAUUUGGAAGAAGGCAUGUGGGAAAAUAACUGUUCUCUGGGUCAGCCCCUGGAGUGACUGUGCCUAUCUGUCAAGUCAAGUCAGUUUUAUUUGUAUAGCCCAGUAUCACAAAUUACAAAAUUGCCUCAAGGGGCUUUACAGCAACACAACAUCCUACCCUUUGACCCUCGUAUCAGAUAAGGAACAACUCUCUCUAAAAAAAAAAAAAAAAAAAAAAAGCCUUGAACAGGGAGAAAAAAUAGGAAGAAACCUCAGGGAGAGCAACAGAGGAGGGAUCUCUCUCCCAAGACGGACAGCAUGCAAUGGAUGUUGUUUGUACACAAUUUACAGAAUACAACAUUGAAAGUGGAUAACAGAAUUGUAAUGGAAUUAUAAAAUAUAUGAAGAAUACGAUGAGGAUGGUGGCAAGCAGUGUCCACAUGCCACUGGAACAGCCCAGGACCUGUGAUGGCUGAAAGUAUACUGACAAGCGAAUUGAGAUUUUCUGUCAUUUAUCUUGCAUAGCCUACAGGCAGGACUCAUUCAGACAUUAAAAUCAAAUGUUUGAGGUGUGUGUAGCAUUCUUGGGUAUACAAAACAUUAUGAGGCUCAGAAAAACAUGAAUGUCUUUGACUUUUUUUUAAAUUCUCUUCUGUAGAGGUUUUUUUUUGUUUGUUUUUGUUUUGUUGUUUUUUUUGCCUGAGUGUUUUGGUAUAAUUGCGUAAAAUAGGAUUAUGCCAUUGUUAAUCAGAAACUUGAAUUUGAUUAUGCCAUUGUUAAUCAGAAACUUGAAUUCAAAGUAUAAAAUUUGUGAAUACUCAAUGCCAUAAAUGGGACUCAUGAAACAUAUGGGACUAACUAAAAACAGUGCUGUCGUGUCUUUAAAAGAUCCAAGUGAUCUUUGUACAGAACAUCAAUCACAAGCAAAAAGAAUGAGUGAACAAUACAAUAUUAAUCUUGUAUAUUGUCCAUUAAAUCCUUAAUCAUCCUUUAUUCAUUGUUGUUACAGCAGGCCCCCUUCAAACAGAUCAGAUGAAUCUAGAGUUACAGUCAAUUCAAUUUUAUUUGUACAGCCCAUUAUCACAAAUUACAAAUUUGCCUUUCCUGGUCUUUCCGGUUGUACUCUCAAAACCUCAAGUAAAUCAAAAAGAUUUUUUUUCAGUUCUGAUAUCUCAACGCUCAGUGUUGAGGACUUAGAACAUUGUUAUGUUGUAAAAAUAAUUUUAAACUAUAAAAAAAACUUUUAUUCAACAAUUUGUCUGGUUGGCUGAUGUGGAAACUGUAUUUCGAUAUUAUUUUUAACGUUAUUACAAUCUUGUUUUGUACAAUCUUGUUUUGUAACGGCAAGACUUGCACUAUUAAAACUGUCCUAGUUGAAAUUUCAUUUUAAACCAGCACUGAAAAGGUGACUAUUAAAUGUUGCGUGGCGUAUAAAGAUUUUAAAGCUUUUGGUCUGCUUGGGCUUCCAUAUUAAGUGUGGGUCUAAAAGCUGUCUGGCAGCCAGCCGUCUUAACAGGGCAGCCUUAUCUGAUGGAUGCAGUUGUUUUUAAAGCGAACAAGGUGUGAAGGGCUCCUUCCUCCCCGCAAGGUCGGGAUUGGAAUCGAUAGGACCGAAUGACCUGUCCGUGAUUCAGUGAAAUGUGUUGUCAUCCCCGUUCGUCUGGUAUACAGAACUCACAACCACCCUUAAUUCCAAAACAGAGACUGAUUAGUACAACAGUGGU